UUUCAUGCUCAUUUUUUUGUUGUAUUUUUAUUUUUGUCGUUUAUUUUGUUUAAAUGUCAAACUUUCACCUUAUUGUCCAUUUUUUCUUUGUUUCUUAGCAUACAAAUAUUUAUUAAAUAUUUAUCUCUAGUUUUCAUCGUCUGAAGGAUUUAUUGAUCUAUACAAUCCUGAUUUCAUAUUGAUAUAUUAUUUGUCUUUAUUUUUAUUAAACCUUAAUUACUUUGUUUUCAGUCUUUGACUUGGUAUGAAUUGUUUUCAUAUUUCCAGAUUCUUCUAGAUUUUAUUGAUCAGCAAUGUAUAACUUUAAUCCAAAGGGGCAACAGCCCCGCCUAAGCUAUAAUAUGCUUUAUUCUCACUUAAAAUUGCUAGGAUACACAGAUGAAUUGGCUGGAAUCGAAGCGCAUAAAUUUAUGAAGCAGGUUAAUUCUCUUAACCAACAAUCUAACCCUUUAAACCAACAGUCUAACUCUUUUAACCAGCAGUCUAACUCUUUUAACCAACAGCCUAACCCGUUAAACCAACAGUCUAAUUCUUUUAACCAACAGCCUAACGUACAAGCAAAUACUUCUCAGUUUAACCAAAAUAUGUACCGGGAUACAAACUAUAAUGCUGCUGGUUACAAUUUGAACUCCAACGUCUUCAAUCAGCAAGUGCAACCCAUUCAAGGCAUUAAUCCGCCACAAAUUAAGCAAAGUUUCAACCUUGGUUUUGAAUCACUAAGUAAUCAAGCGAAUUAUGAUAAAAAUAAUUUGCUAAGCGGAGUCAAGAUCUCUUCAAAGGCAACACCUCCUUUUCCAAGCCUACAACUGAAUGACCCGUUAGACCCUCACAAAACUCGCAAAAGACCACCUCUAGACCCUAGAACCCUGGCUGAAAUAUUUAAUACUGAGUCAGUACAACCUCUACAAUGUGACCCUGCACAUCCAAUUACUCUACUGUAUCAGAAACAAAACCCUCCAUCUAAUCCAUUCCUAAUUGGCCAUGACCUUCCCACUGAAUCUCCUCUGGUGAAAUCCGUACCAGGAUAUUCACUGAAUCAACCACCACCACCAAGUUACCCCUAUAAACAGCCAGUUGGAACAGUCCCGCAGCCAAAUGUCAGGUGCUCCGGAAUUAUGCCUCAAAAUCCACCAAAAAUGCCGAGUCCCUUUUCCCUUGAUAACAAAUUGCUUACGCCAAAUAAAAAUAAUGAAAUGCCGAGCCCUUUUUGCCUCGAUAACAGAGGGGCUCCAAAUAAAAUACCGAGUCCUUUUUACCUUGAUAACAAAGGGACUCCAAAUCAAAAUAAACAAAAUGAAAUGCCGAGUCCUUUUUACCUUGAUACCAAAGGGACUACGCCAAAUCAAAAUAAACAAAAUGAAGACACGGCUUCAUUAACCAUAGUCCAAGUCAACAGGUGGAUUCAGGACCUGUACUUGCACUUGAACAUGACCACUUGCUCUAAAACUUUAAGAAAGGCAGUGAAUAUUUAUAUUCAACACGUAAUGGAAAAAUUCAGGAAUGGAACGUUGACUAUGAACGAGUUGAAAAUGUUAAGUCCAGACGAAAUAUUGAACUUCAAACCCACAAAUGUAGACCAGCCACGUGAAACAAUGAAUUUCAAAUCAAAAAAUGUAGAACCUCGUGAAACAAUGAAUUUCAAAUCCACAAAUGUAGAACCACGUGAAACAAUGAACUUCAAAUCCAAAAACGUGGAAAAGCCGCGUGAAAUUCAGCAUCUGAAUCCAAAGCAGGAUUUAAAUACUGAGUUUGAAACUAAAAAUGUAAUACACCCGCCGCAGAAUAGGUUUAAACCUAAGUCUAAUAAGGCGCCAAACAUGUACAGAGCUUUACAAAACCAAAUUAACGAUUACUUAUCAGUUCCAGUGGAUAAAAAUGAAAUUCAUAGACGAGAACAGAGAUCACAUCGUUUCAAAAAUACCAAUACAAAACCAACUUACAAUUUCAAUCCUGUCAAGGGUAAAAAAAUAGUUGGUCUCAACCAAGACAUAGAGAAGCCGUAUUUAAGACUUACAUCAGCGCCAAAUCCCUUAAUUGUCAGGCCUGAGCAAGUGUUGGUUAAGUCAUUCAAACACGUGUUUGACAAAUUCAUGAGGACCAGAAAUUACACCUAUAUCCAAGAGCAGUUUAGAUCAAUACGACAGGAUAUACAAGUACAGCACCUGAAAUCGCCAUUCGUAGUUAGAAUGUACACAACAAAUGCAAGAUUGGCAAUGCUCCACAACGACCUGGACCAGUUCAACCAGUGCCAAACCCAACUCAAGCACUUGCUUGUAAAUUCCAAUGAUUGUCAACAACUACAGUUUGAAUUCGAGAUGUAUUACAUGCUGUACCUGGCGUUACAGAAUAUGAGCAUGGGUCUUAUCAGAUACUUAAAGGAAAAUCACGUGAAUCAAACUUUGCAAUCUAACCCUAAGCUUGAAAACCAGUUUAAGAAGACAAUUUACUUCAAGUUCGCAAAUGAGGUCAGAGUCUCAAUCUCGGAGGGGAACUUUAUCAAAUACUUCAAACUGGCAAAUACCAAGAAAAUCGACCACUCGUACUAUCUGCACAGGAUAUACAAAGACGCGUUUGAUACCAGAAAACCAAGGGAUAUUAAACAGAAACACAAGAAUUUCUACGAUACAGACUCAAUGUUUUACGUCAAACUGCUUUUCAAAAUGUUCGAAAACAAACUUCGCAUGUUCUCACUCUACACACUUUGCAGGAGUUCUCUGACCUUGUCGAUAGAACUGUUGACGGAUAUAUUGAACUUUUCAAGCGAGGAUGAUUGCCUCAACUUUCUAAAAAGAAACAAGAUUACCUUCAGUAGCUCGAAAUUGGUUGAUUGCAAGCGAUCUCUGGAUUCAAUUGCUAACUCGCCACUCAUGCGCAGUAAAAAGACUUAA